AUGGAUAGGUACCAGAGGGUGGAGAAACCCAAAGCAGAUACUCCAAUUAACGAAAAUGAGAUCCGCAUUACCACUCAAGGAAGAAUGAGGAACUAUAUCACCUAUGCUACCACUCUCUUUCAAGAGAAAGGAGCUGAUGAAAUCGUUCUCAAAGCUAUGGGACGUGCAAUUAAUAAGACUGUAACGAUUACCGAGCUAAUAAAGAGAAGGAUUGUUGGUUUGCAUCAGAACACGGUAAUUGGAUCGACUGAUAUAACCGACACCUGGGAACCGAUUGAAGAAGGCCUUCUUCCUUUGGAAACUACUAGACAUGUUUCAAUGAUCACAAUUACGUUGUCAAAGAAAGAGCUGGAUACGUCCUCAACAGGAUAUCAACCUCCUAUACCGGCUGAUCAAGUAAAACCAUUAAAUGAAUAUGAAGAGGAAGGAGAAGGCUCACCAAGGAUGCGUGGAAGGGGGCGUGGUCGUGGAAGGGGAAGGGGCAGAGGUAGAGGAAUGUACAACAAUGGGGGUAUGGAAUAUGGUGAUGGUUGGGAUGGUGGACGUGGCUAUGGUGGCAGAGGGCGUGGCCGUGCAUGGGGUCGUGCUUUUCGGGGACGAGGACGCGGCUAUGGUUCCCAGCCGGUUGGGUAUUAUGACAAUGGUGAAUAUGAUGCACCACCUGCCUCACGUGGUCGGGGAAGGGGAAGGGGCCGUGGACGCGGUCGUGAUGCUGGACGUGGAGCAGCUGCUUAG